GACCUAAAAUCACUCGUUAAAACAGUAAACCUACUAUAGUACGUCUUUGUAAUUAAAAAACACUAGGCAGGUCAGCGUUGCGUGGUUUAUACGAGAAGACCUUUUAGCAAAAAUAAAAUGAUGACUUUUAACUUGAAAAACGCGUGGCGACCUUUUAUGUCGUAGCAGAUUGACUGCUCGCGGCGAAUUCACAGUUGUUGCCUUUUUGCAGGCAGUGAAAGAUAAUUGAUCUUUCCCCAAAUAGCGCAUUUUAAAUAUUCGGUUUAAAUUAAUUGGUACACAUUGCCACCGCGGGAAGCUGUUGGAGGUGCUGCUCACUGGUUGAGUGCUAAUAUUGUCGUUUUGGUUGAGAGCAAUCUACACUUUGGCCUGCUCGCACUGACAAACAGACAACUGCCCUGCACUGACGCUAUGGAACCAUCACAAACAGCAUCAGUCGUCCUCCCAGCACUAGUCAGCUGUUGGCCAGCAACGUCACAAAUAAGACAGACCCCCGGUCGCUGAACUCAAGGGUCUUCAUUGGGAACCUAAAUACUAUGCUAGUUACCAAGGCAGACGUUGAAGCCAUUUUUAGCAAAUACGGCAAGAUUGUGGGCUGCUCUGUGCAUAAGGGCUACGCCUUCGUCCAGUACGUCAACGAGAGGAACGCACGGGCGGCUGUUGCAGGAGAAGACGGCCGGAUGAUUGUUGGACAGGUGCUUGAUAUUAAUUUGGCAGGAGAGCCCAAACCUCACAGGUCGAAAACAACAAAGCGAUCGGCUGGAGAUAUGUACAGCGGUAGUUCUGCCUUCGAGCUUGAUUAUGAUUUCCAGAGAGAUUACUAUGACAGAAUGUAUUCAUACCCUUCUCGUGUGCCCCCUCCACCACCUCCUCCUCUCUCACGGGCGGUGGUCCCUUCCAAACGUCCACGGGUCAGUGUGAGUGGGGGAACCAGCCGCCGCACCAAGUCCAGCUUUUCCACUUCAUCCAAGAGCAGCCAACGAACAUCUUCUCGAACACUGAAAGCUGAUGACCUCCAAACUAUUAAGAGAGAGCUUGCUCAAAUCAAACACAAGGUUGACUAUCUUCUGGAGAGUCUGGACAGGAUGGAGAAAGACCACAGCAAGAAAUCUGAGGGGAAGAGUGUGAAGGGAGAAGCGGGUGAGGCUUCCUCCCUUCAGCAUUCCAGCAAGAAAGACAGAGAGAGGGAAGAGCAGGAGAUAAAUGAUUCAGAAGAGGAGAGAGAUUUGUUGGAAGAAGACGAGGAGGAAGAGGUUAAAAGCCAAGGAGCAGAGAACGAAGAAGAAGAAGAGGGAGAGGAGGAAGAGGGCGAGCACGAAGAAGGGGAAGAUGAUGGUGACAGCAUUAAUGGCGACGACUCGUAGGUUGUUUUAAACCCUGUGGAUACGAGACACGCACUAAAAAUUCAACCCUUUCAGUUCUUUUGAAAGGUUGAAGCCAGUCUUUAAAAGAUUUGUCUGUUAUAAUGUAGAUGCCUGCACUCCUGUAAUUACUGACACUACAGUUACAUCAGUUUCACUGAUGUCAGUUUAUUUUUCAUGUUAGCAUGACAUCUGUUCAGGCUUUUGAAGUGUCCCUCAACCUUGAUGAAGACAAACGUUUGUUUUCAGACAACGGAAACUAUUACAUUCUCCAGUUAUUCUUAAUCAUUCUGUCUUGAACCUGAGAGUUGUUUUUAUUUUUCACUAGCAGAAUAUGUCCGUUAUGUAUUCUCAGAGUGAAACUGGCCUGAUCUCUGUUUGCCCUGUGUGUCUUAUGGGAUUUUUUUUUUCCUGUGAGCAAAGAUAAAAUUUGUAUUUUAAAAGGGAAACUUGAGUGGCUCCGGUAUUACAGAGAGCCAAUGAAGUUUCCAGGAAACAUAUAUGUUUGUAUUUACCUGUAUUUUUUAUAUUACCCUGUUUCAGAAUAAUUCUACAGGAAAAUUUUAAUAAAAUAUUAAAUUAAAAAAAUGUUUUCAGCUUUGCAAACAUAUAACACUCAUGCAGGCUUGAUAACACUGGCAAAUAUUUGAUCACUUGUCAGCACCAAUAGCCUUGUGGGCACAAUAAAGACAAAAAGAUAAAAAAAAAUACACA